CUGUUGGCUUCCCUUCUUUUCCUCGUUGAUGCCUUCAGCACGUGACCAGAAUCCGCAGACGCCUGUCCUAGCGAGCGCAGGGAGUUUUGUAAACAGCACGCCUCGUGCAACAAGUGAUUUUGAGACUCUUUGUGCCGCUCUGUCUGGUCUUCGCUUUUACCGAGAACUCUGGCAUCGCGAAUCCCCUGUAGGCGCUGCCUUGAAUUAGCUACGAAUACUGAACCCCGAGUUUGACCCGGUGAAUCUGGAAACCAUUCCCCAUACCCAAGGACUUGGCAUUCAUAGAUUCUUCAAUUAAAGCCCGUUGUUUUUCUAUACAUAGCAGGUCUCCAGUCUAUCUCUACUAGCACGCAGGCUCCAAAACCCCUUGUCGUUCUUCUGAUCACACCUUUGCCCAGCAUGGUUCUGCCAGGACAGGCGUGCUGGUGUAAAACACCUGGUAACCCGCCUGAUUCUUUCGCGAAUCAGUUCCGCCACGCAUUCAGGCAAUUUUCCGUUGCUUUACUACUCCUCGCCGCGGCGAGCAGCACGAUCGGCGUGCAGCCUGUCUCUGGCGCCUUCUCUCAGCCCAUCGGCGUCUGCUGGGGCCGCAACUCGUGGCAGCAGAUGCCGCCCAAAACUGUCGUGAAGCUGCUUCAGGACAAUGGCAUCAAGCGGCUGAAGUUGUUCGGAGCUGACGUGGACAUCCUGCGCGCGCUGGUCGGCACAGAUAUAGAGGUCGCAGUGAUGCUGCAGAACGAGUACUUGAACCUCGUCGCGGGGUCGCAGAAGGAGGCGGGGAAGUGGCUCAGCAACAACGUGUCUCCCUUCGUCUUCCCUGGAGGGGCAAACAUCAAGGAGAUAGCUGUGGGGAACGAGCCGUUCCUGCAGGGCUACCAGGGCAUGUACGAGGCAGCAGUGGUCCCAGCAAUGCGGAACAUCUACAGCGCGCUGCAGGACUCGAAACUGGACGAUAAAAUCAAGCUCACUGUGCCUCUUAACGCGGAUAUUCUCGGAAGCUCGUACCCGCCGUCCUCUGGAGCAGUCCGGGAUGAUAUUUUGGAGGAUAUCACCCAAAUAGCGGAUAUUAUCAAGCGGUCAGGAGGAACUUUUUCGAUAAAUAUCUACCCGUUCCUGACGCUGCACCAGGACACGUCGGGGACCAUCGGGUUGAACCAGGUUUUUUUGGGGCAGCCCGGCGGGCAGGCAUGGCAGGUCAAGGACCCUACGAGCGGGCUCAAAUACGACAACAUUUUUGAUGGGGCAUUUGAUGCUGUGGUGACUGCUCUGGACAAGAUCGGAUAUGGCGAUCUGCCGAUCGAGAUCGGCGAGAUUGGGUGGCCAUCCGACGGUCAGGGUGACUCGCGGGGCUACGCCACUGUGGACAACGCCUAUCGCUUCAACCAGGCGAUCUUGGCCCACAUGCUGUCAGGAAAGGGCACGCCCGCCCGCCCCAACCAGGUCAUCAGCGGCUAUCUCUUCGCCCUCACUGAUGAGGACAGGAAAAUUACUCUUGCCGGCCCGUUCGAGAGGCACUGGGGCAUUUUCCGCACGGACGGGACGCCGAAAUACCCCUUGGAUUUGACGGGCGGCGGGAGAAAUGUGACCCUGAAAAGUGCCUCGGGACUUGUUUUCUAUCCAGGGCAGUGGUGUGUGGCUAAGGCGAGUGCGGACCCCGAGAAAUUGGCUGAUGCGGUGGCGUAUGCGUGCGGGGACCAAAAACCUUCAGAUUGCACACCGGCGCAGGUUGGCGGGUCAUGUUACUUCGACGGCAACACUGCAAAGGUUGCGACGUAUGCGUUUAAUAGCUAUUACCAGUUGAGUAACCAGUCGAGCGGGGCGUGUGACUUCAAGGGGGUUGCAGAGGUGGUGCAGAGCAAUCCGGCUCAGGAACAGUGCAAGUAUUUAUUGGGAAUAGAUCAAGCAGCCUCCAAGGCUGCUGGAGUGAGGUUGGGGAUGGGGGUUUGGUACCAUCACCUGGUUAUGGUGUUGACUGCAGUACUCAUGGUUGCCAUGCUUCCCUGAAUGGGGAAGAGUGGUGGAUGUAACAUUCUGAUUGAGGCAAAGACUGGCAAAAUAUUGCCCUUCGAGACUG